AUGAAGGCUGUUUAUGCCUUGACGUUAUGUCUGGGCGUCGCUGAUGCUGUGGUGUUGCCUGUGUUUUCAGCUCCCAAGGGUGGCUAUGCACUUCCUCGACCUGAUUCAGAUGACACAACGGAUACUUCAAAGCCUGCGGCUGGAUCAUCAAAGACUAAUUUGAAUUCUGUGCUCCCCGUAUUUGGAAAUGCAAAGCCAAAGAGUGGAUUUCCAGCUUCUGCUUUGUCGCGAAGAGUUGAGCGAAUUGAGCAGACUUAUGGCUCUGAUGAGUCUACAGAUGACUCUGACUAUACGCCUACGGAGCCAUCUGAUGCUACUCCAUCAAGUCCAUCUGAUGACACGCCCUCAGGCUCUUCAGACGAGAUUCAACAAGUGGUGUAUGCCGAGCCAUUCAUGCAACCCACUUAUGUCCGCUUCGGCCCAGCUCCUGUCGACAAGCCAGAAGUUGCUCCCAAAGCCAAAUCAAAGUCUAAAGAUAGUGCGAGUGUAGCCAAGCAUGGAGGAGACGAUGACUCCAGCUCUGGCGGACACAAGCAAAAGGGCAAGGAUAAGAACAAGGGAAAAGAUGACAAGGGACGACAUAAUGGCGAUGACGAUGCUACAAAGUCUCGCAAGAAGCCUGAAGAUUCACCAAAGACAUCUUCCAGCAGUGCCACAGAUUCAGUUUCUGUUACUGCUACAAGCACUGCAGCCCCCACGAGCUCGCCUACGGGUGAUGACAAGGGUAAAGGCAAGGGGAAAGGAAAGGGGAAGAGCAAAGACGACGGAAGACAUCAUGGUGAUGACGAUGCUACCAAGUCUCGCUCCAUGGUUGAUGACUCCAAGACUCGAUCAUCAGCAUCACCAACUGCUACUGCAGCCUCCAAGAAGGGAAGCUCCGGCAAGCACUCUGGCCAUGACGAUGCUGGCAAGACUGAGGACUCCAAGACCAACUCCAAGAAGGGAUCAAAGAAGUCCAAGUCCAAGGCCUCCAAGAAAUCCUUCAUCACCCAUCAAUCCGGCAAGACUUUCGAUGCAGACAGCACCAAAGGCGGCGGCAAAAACGGCCCCGGCUACAAUCCGUCCUUCGACGUCCCCAAGCUCAACAAGGGCUACAUCCAAGCCAUCCCCCCCAAAGCCAGCACCCUCAACAACAAGUUCAGCUCUCGCGUGAAGCCCCGUCCCCAACUCAACGCAGAAAAGCCGCGCCCUUCAACAGCGCCGCGAUCGACCGCAAAAAGUGACGGCAACGGCGAUACCAUGUGGCAUACACAGUGGGAAGGCAGUGAGCCUGCGCCGCCGCAUAGUAUCACUAUUGAUAUGAAGAAGAGCUAUAACGUCAAUGGUAUUUCUAUGUUGCCGAGACAGGAUGGCUCGCAGAAUGGGUAUAUUGCACAACAUCAGGUUUUUCUGAGCAAGGAUGGCAAGAAUUGGGGCUCGCCUGUGGCGUAUGGGAAUUGGUAUAAUGACUGGACUGUUAAGUAUGCCAAUUUCGAUACACAGCCUGCACGAUUCGUCAAGCUCGUUGCUCUCACUGAAGCAAAUGGCAAUCCUUGGACAAGCAUUGCAGAACUCAAUGUCUUCCAAGCAAACGACUACAUCCCCCCUCAAGCAUCUCAAGGCGCUUGGGGACCUACCAUCAACUUCCCCAUCAUCCCCGUCGCUGGAACCGUUGAUCCCACCACGGGCAAAGUCCUCGUCUGGUCAUCCUGGGCUAGAGAUACCAUGUCCGGUGGCCCCGGUGGCUUAACCCUCACUUCAACAUGGGACCCAGCAACAGGCCAAGUCGCAGAGCGGCAAGUCACAGAGACAAACCACGACAUGUUCUGCCCCGGCAUUUCGCUGGAUGGGAACGGCCAGCUCGUCGUUACGGGCGGAAACAACGCUGAGCGCACAAGCCUCUUCGAUCCCGUGCAGCAGACGUGGGUAUCAGGGCCCAACAUGCAAGUCGCACGCGGGUAUCAAUCCUCCGCCACGACAUCCACAGGCAAGGUCUUCACCAUCGGGGGAUCAUGGAGCGGCGGCUCGUCCUUCAAGAACGGCGAGGUGUACGACCCCAAGAAGAAGACCUGGACGCUGCUUAAUAAAGCUGAUGUCCAGAAGAUGCUCACGGAUGAUGCGCAGGGCUUGUUCCGCUCUGAUAACCACGCCUGGCUGUUUGGUUGGAAGAGCGGUACUGUGUUCCAGGCUGGGCCGAGUAAGAACAUGAACUGGUACUACACUGAGAAGAAGAAUGGCGAUGUCAAGACAGCGGGGCAGAGGGCCUCUGAUCGUGGUGUUGCGCCUGAUGCCAUGUGCGGCAACGCCAUCAUGUUUGACGCUGUCAAAGGCAAGAUCCUGACACACGGUGGAACUCCGAAUUAUCAAGACUCGGAUGCUACUACCGAUGCCCACAUCAUCACUGUCGGAAAUCCUGGUACAAACGCUUCUGUUGCUUACGCGAGUGAGGGUCUCUUCUUCCCUCGUGUCUUCCACAGUUCUGUUGUUCUACCCAACGGCAACGUCUUCAUCACGGGCGGUCAGCAAUACGCCAUCCCGUUUGAAGACUCAACGCCCCAGCUGCAACCGGAGAUGUACUAUCCCGAAAGAGACGGCUUUGAGCUCAUGAAGCCCAACAACAUCGUGAGGGUAUAUCACAGCAUCGCCCUCCUCCUCCCGGACGGGAGAGUCUUCAACGGCGGCGGUGGUCUCUGCGGCGGAUGUGACACCAACCACUUUGACGCUCAGCUCUACACUCCCCCCUAUCUCUACGACGCAAAGGGCAAGUUAGCCACACGCCCCAAGAUCACCUCCGUGUCUGUAUCUUCCAUUAAGGUCGGAGGAACAGUCACUGUUCAAACGGGCGGAGCUAUCGUGCAGGCUUCGCUGGUGCGGUACGGAACGGCUACGCACACUGUUAACACGGAUCAGCGCCGUAUUCCGUUGACGUUGGCUAACGCGGGGAAGAAUUCGUAUACGUUCCAGGUGCCUAGUGAUCCUGGUGUUACGCUGCCGGGAUAUUGGAUGUUGUUUGUCAUGGAUAAGAAUGGAGUGCCGAGUGUGGCUUCUACGAUCAAGGUUACUGGUACGUAG